AUGGCUUCCAACGUGGUAGUCAUCGAUAAGUUCUUCAACAGAGCAACCAUAAAAGUUACUCCCGGAACUUAUAUGAGUGAAGUUGUUUCUGAAGCAUGCAAGAAGCUUGGAAAGAAUACCACCAACUAUGAUCUCAAAAGAAGUAACGACAAAGCUGUGGAUCUUUCCCAAACAUACCGUCAAACAGGUCUCAGCACCGGCGCAAAACUCACUCUCGUCGAAGCCUCCCGCUCUCCCGCUCCAGUCUCCAUUGCCCUCCAAUUACCACAAGAUCUCGCAUCUGCGGUUCCCGGCGGUAGAUUAAAGGAUACUUUUCCCAGCGACACAACAUUAUGGCUUAUUCUCCGCAAACUCGAGUCCAGUAACGAGACUGCGAAUCUGAACUUUACAGGCAGAGGAGUAGCGCAGCUACAAAAUGGCGAUUCGGGAGCUGGACGUAUGGUGUAUGAAAUGCCGGUGCUGAAUGUAAUGGGGAGAGAGAUGGCCACAUUUGGAGAUUUACAGAAGACGCUUGCGAAUUUGGGGUUGAAUAAGGGGACAGGAUUGCUUAGACUUACGUUUAGACAGACGGAUCAACCGAUUGAGGAGGCUAUGAAGGAUAUUGGAGAGUACUUUAAGGAGGAAAUACCUCAGCCUGAAGUUACUGCGCAAGCACCACAGCAAGUCGAAUCUGUGACGGAUGCUAUUGCGAAGCUUCCUUCUGCAGAACAGCAAAACGAGGAUGUGGAUGUGGAUUCAGAUCCCUCCGAUACCACUCCAUAUUCGACGCCUACCCCUGCCGGCGCAUCCACAAACACCACACCCUCCACCCUACCAGCUUCCUCAUCCAGCAACCCCUCGACGGACCCCCCAACCCUCGGCCCCGACGGCCUCCCUCUAACCAUCUUCUCCGCCCCCAGCAACGACACGCCCCUCGCAGCCCUCGCCUCCCACCACGAAGAAGACUACAUCCCCACAAUCCGACACGCCAAACUCGUUCAAAGCCGUCUCCAAAACAGCACUCAAAACACCAAACUCCUCUCCUACGACGAAGAAGUCGCCCGCGAAUUCGAAAAACUCAAUCGUCUAACUAAAAUCAAAGAAAUCCCCCUCCGAAUCCGAUUUCCCGAUCAGAUGGCCGUCAGCAAAUCCAUUACCAGUGAAAAUCACGGAAAAUGGCUCCACGAAUAUGUACGCGGACUAAUCGUUUCCGAAAACGAACCGUUUAAAUUAAUAUAUCAGGGCAACAAGGGGCGAAAAAUAAUACCCAAUGAAGAUACGAAAUUCCUGAUCAAGGAUCUGGGGAUCCAGGGCCCGACGGUCAUCAAUUUAGCGUGGGAUGAUGGAGCAAAUAGUGAGGAGUUGAAGGGAAAACCGGUGUUGAAGGAUAUAUAUAGGGAGAAAGCUAUGAAACAGCCGGUUCCGGUUGUGGAGAGCGAGGUUGAGGUUGAGAAAGGAGAGGGAGAGGAGAAGAAGAUAGAGGAGGGAAAUAAGGAUGAGGGUGGUGGGGAGAAGAAGAAGAGGGGGUUGCAUAAUCUUAUUAUGAAGAAUUUGAAGAAGAGGUAG